CCCAAUUGCUUUUUUAAAUCCCUCCAACACAGAUUCCUUCCUUCACCACCUCCUCUCUCACACUCUCUCUACGCUUGACAUGGCCUUCGAUCUCCACCAUGGCUCAGCUUCAGAUACGCCGCAUUCAUCAGAAUCUCCGUCGAUUUCUCUCCCACCUUAUCCUGAGAUGAUAAUGGAAGCGAUUGAGUCCUUGAACGAUAAGAAUGGCUGCAACAAAACGACGAUUGCUAAGCACAUCGAGUCAACUCAACAAACUCUACCGCCGUCACACACGACGCUGCUCAGCUACCAUCUCAACCAGAUGAAGAAGAAUGGUCAGCUUAUCAUGGUGAAGAACAAUUAUAUGAAGCCAGAUCCAGAUGCUCCGCCUAAGCGUGGUCGUGGCCGUCCUCCGAAGCAGAAAACUCAGGCGGAAUCUGACGCCGCCGCUGCUGCUGCUGCCGCUGUUUCCGCAGAUCCGCCUAGAUCUCGCGGUCGUCCACCGAAGCCGAAAGAUCCAUCGGAGCCGCCUAAGGAGAAGGUCACAACCGGAUCUGGAAGACCACGAGGACGACCACCGAAGAGAUCGAGAACAGAUGCGGAGACGGUUGCUGCGCCGGAGCCGGCAGCUCAGGCAACCGGUGAGCGUAGAGGACGUGGGAGACCACCGAAGGUGAAGACGACGGUGGUUGCGCCGGUUGGGUGUUGAAUUAUUCGGUACUUAUGCAAUUUCGGAAGCUUUAGUUACUGCAAAAUGGGAUCUCUUAGAGAGAAAGAGAGUGCUUUAGCUUAAUUAGAUUUAUUUGAAUUUCUUUCAGUAUUUGGAUUGUAAACUUUAGAAAUUGUGUGUGUUGUUGCUUAGUCCUUUUAAGGAGAUAAGAUAUAACAUUAGAGUUGUUACUUAGACUGUGUAUUAUUAUUAUGAUUUUGCAUUGUGUUAUGUUAAAUGUUGCUUCUUUUGUUGAACAA